AUGGAUCCCACCCCGAUACAUUAUAGACUUGAAGACGUAUUUUCUUCAUUCUAUAAGAUCAAUACCAUUCAAAAGAUCAAUUAUGAACAAUACAUACCCAAGAACCAGGAUGAACGCUGGUCGAUUCAAAUGGAACUACAACUUCGAAAACAAGACCCUAAGACAUUAGUAGCAUUACUAUCCAAAGAACUUUGGAGAUUUAGUAUAAAUGAUGAUACUAUACCACCUUUACCUUUAGGGGAUAAUAACGAAAACUCGAUAACAACAGUUGAUUCCAACAUAUCCGAGAAUGAUGAAAAAUCUAUUAUAACGCCUGAAAAGACUGGUGAAUUUACUGCAGAUUAUUCAAAACCUAAUCUACCUCCAUAUUAUGCCUUAUUUCUAAAGGCCCUUCGGAAAAGUAUCUAUAUCAAUUUGGCAUUAAAUUCUAAUAACACAUUAGUUCAAUUCGGUAAUGCUUGCAUACCAUUAAACAAUGAAAAUAAUGAUAAGAAUUUCCUGUUACAGAUUGAACCUCAUUUAUUUUCUAAUAGUGAUCUAGCACUUUCUAUCUGUGUGAAAAACCUAGAAUUCUCCCAAUUGAAGGAAGAAUCAUUAAAUUCAAGUUAUUUAAGAUCUCAUGCAUUAUAUAUGGCCCCAUCUGGUAUAAGGGCCUAUAUUAAGACAACUACAAAACAAAAAUAUCUAGUAUCACCACCAAACAAUGCAGAUAUCCUAUUAGAUACAUUAUUUACCUCUCAUGGUAUUAAUCUGAAAGGGAAGAAAAACAUGAAAUGGAUCUCAUUAAUCCCCCACCUGGGCCAUUUAAAUGGACAAACACCUUCUGUUGGUUCUUACAUGAUACCGCCUUCUGAAACUAGAAGUAUAACAUGGCCUCUAGAUCUCUGUCUUGUACAGUCAUCAUUUGAUAAUGUAUCAGGCAAGAUGGAUGCUGUAUCUUCCGAUGAUUUUCAAAACGCAAUAGAUAUGAUCGAUGAUUUUAUUCAAAUAAAACAAACCUCUGCAUAUAGAACACCCGGAAGCUCUGGUGCAAUGGGAACAAACCCUAUGAGCACAGGUGGACCAUAUACCGAGCAAUUACAACCCAUUAAUAAGAAAUCUGUGUCCAGUGUAAAUGGAAAUUUAGGAUUAUCUCCUUUAGGUGGUACACAAAGCACUCUACGAAACACUGGAGUUCUGGAUGCUGGUAAUAACUUACUUUCCAAUAGUCGAGGAAUCUCACCCCAGUACUCAACAAUAGAAAGACUAGCGCCUAAUCCAGCUGACGCCUUUACGGGUGAGUUCUCCACCACUCCAAUCAAUAAUGAAAAUAAUAACAAUCAACUAUUUAACGACAGAAAACAUGAUUUACGAAUGAACCCUCUUAAAAUGGAUACUGAUAAACCAAUGACGAUCAUGGAUGAUGUUCUCGACGACAAUAAUGGAGAUAACAAGGAAUUAUUUGGAGACGAUGAUGAAGAUAUGAUAGAUCCUAAAGAUAAGAUAAUUGGAUCAGUAACACAAGAUAAAAACCUACCAAGCAAUCCUAUUAGUGACGACGACGAAGAUCUUUUUGGAGAAACCUCGGAAGAAGAUUCAAAACCUUUAGUCUCUAAACUUACUUCUGAUGAGAUUACUGAGGAUAUGUUUGGAAUGUCAGAUGAUGAGGAAGGAAACAAUAGAUCUUCUACAAAGAAUACUGGCAAAUCCAAGGACAUCAGUAGUGAUUCUUUCCCCGAAAUUAAUGAAGCUUUUGAAACCCCCAAAAAACAGAAUUUAAAGAGAAAAUAUCUCGAUAUACCGAUAGAUGAAAUGACACUAUCGAACAGUCCCUUAUAUAUGGAUCCGGGUGCUCCACUUCCAGUAGAGACCCCUAGAGAGAGAAGAAAGAGUGUUUUUGCUCCUUUGACGUUUAAUCCUAAAAUCGAAAAUAAUGUCGAUAAUAAAUAUAAGAAUGGUGGUAAAUUUUCUUUCUCGCCAUCUCAAAAAGAAGAGGCACUAAAAUUCGAUGUGUCGAAUGGUGAAAUAUCAAGUUCUGAGGAAGAAGAUAGUGAUUCCAGUUUAGAUUCAUUUGAUUACCCCAAUAUCAAGAAUGACCUAAGGUCCUUAGAUGGAAAUAUAAAUGAUCAACCGUAUAGUCAAUUGACAACCACACAAGAUAACCUUCCAACAGGGUUAUUAUCUGGUGUUUUUAAUGGCAGUUCCGAGUUAUAUAAUAACAGAGAAGGAUCUAACUCAAUAUGGCGACUUCCUCCAAGCGAAAUACCCCAAACUGAUUCCCCUCUUAAAUCAAUUGAGGCAUCCAUACCAUCACCAUUAGAGGGUAGUAAUCAAUCAGAUAAUUUUGGUAAAGUCUUAAACGUAGGAAACUUUAAAGAAAACGAGUCUUCUGCCAGUAGAAAUGUCUCGGAUUCAUCAAAACCAUUUAACAGUAGCACUUCUGAUUCUGGUAACGAUUCUUCUACUUCUGAAAGUUUUACAACGAUUAAACAACAUACAUCAAGUAAUAUUCCAUUCCUGCUAAGACAUAUGCCACUAUCCUCAAUACCUGAUGUGUUCUUAUAUAAGAAUCCUACUGUAACAAUAAAUAUCAAUGACCCGGAUAUUUUGAAUCAAUUAUGUGAGCAAAUUGUAUUUGAUUAUAGCUUAUUGAAAAAUUUUGGAUUGCCAAAUCAUGAGUACCAAGGUGUCAACAUCGAACCAAAUGGCUUAGUGAGUAAGACACUAAGUUCAUUAUUCAACAAUUUUGAGCAAAUAGCUGGUAAUACAUUAAUAAAUAAAAUAUUCCCAAUUAAAGAACCAUUUGUAUUUGUGAAAAAACAAGAUGAAUUGAUCAAAGUAAGGUCAUGUGUACAAGAAUAUGUCAAAUUUUUGAAUUUCAAAGCCCCGUUUGGAAUUAAGAAUUUCAAGUUUUUAUUAUUAACUAAUUCUUUCAAGAAUGACUGUCUAUCCUUUGUAUCUACUUUGUCUCAAACAUACAUUAGCCAAGAAUUUGGAUUUUGUGAAUUAUUAAAAUUAAGUGACGAGGACGCAAAUGGUUUGAUUAAUGUUAAGGACUACGAAAAGACAAAACUUCUCUUACUAGCUGCACAAAUUGUAUCAUACUGUUCUACAAAUAAGAAUUCUGGAAACGAUGCUAACUUGAUGAUAAUAUUACCUCUCGAAAGUGCAGAUAUAUAUGAAUUUGUAUUGAAGACGCAGAUAUUUCAACUAAUUAGAUGUGAAGUACGUUCAAAGAUCCCAAAUCUUGAUUUAUAUUUUAAGCUGAUUCCAAUGGAAAUGAUUAAAAACCCAUUGACAUCAGUGGAUUCAUAUUACAAUCUAUGUGCCAGUAUUUACAAUAUUUUACCAUCUAAAAAAGUCAAAUAUACUACCAUUGCACACAAAUUGCCUGGCACCGUCACAUUUAGAACAAUGAAGGCACCACACGGAUCAUCGGUCAUCCAUUAUGAUGUUUAUAUACACUUAGCAUAUUCAAGAAGUGUAGAUAAACAAUGGAUCUUUGCAGCACUUUCAGAUAGUGAUGGUAAUGAAAAUAUGAUAAAAUCAUGGUUUGUCGGUGACUCUAGAAUAGCAUUUGAUAACGCUUGUAAUGAAAUUUGGUCAAUGGCUUUAUCCUUGGCUAGUCUUCAAUUUGGGAAAAUUUGCCUUAUUUUAACAAGAUUAGAUGGUAUCUUACCAGAUGACGAAUUGAUGAAUUGGAGGAGAUUAUCUGGUCGUAAUGUUCAUUUAGCUGUUGUAUGUGUAGAUGACAGUGAAAAGAUAUCAUUCUUUGAUGAGGAUAAAUUAUAUCCAAAUUUCAAGCCAAUAUUCAAGAAUAACGAUUUAUCUGGACGUAUCAACCCACAGAAUAUAAAUGAUUACGAGAUUAGAAAUCUAGACGAAGACAUCCAUGGUGUCAUAUUUGAACAUCCUUUCCCUCUGGCCAAUUCUCAACAUAGGUGUGCUAUUAAAAGUGGUGCAUUAGUCAAAUUUAAGAGAAACUCAGGUAAUUCUACAUGGAAGAAAUUCGAAGUUAACCUAUUAAACUGUCCACAUUCAGAUAGUACAAAAUUAUUAGAGACCAUUCUAGAGGAAUUUAGAAACUUGGCUGCCUUAAACCUAUGGUUUGGCGUCAGUAAUGGAGAGAAAUCUCAUAUUCCAUGGCAUGUAUUGGCAGUGAAAAAGAUGAUGAACGUCAUGGUGCAUACGAGAAUAGAGAUUGAAAAUGGGAACAAAUGA